AUAUGUAAAACAUAGUUUACAUGUAGCUUUAUGUGUCAUUCUUCAUGACAAUUGGAGUAAUUCAUUACACGUACAUGUACUGAAAUCCAUUUUAUCUGUGUUGGUCUUUUGCACAUACAGAGUAAGCGGAAGACGAUUGUUAUUGGUCAGGCGUUUAUCAUAGUGUAUUUUAACAUGCCUUUUGGCUAACUGCACUUGAGGAUAUGAGCUGUAAAUGUAAAAUUUGACAUGUUCAGUAGGAAGAACAAACAUAUAAAGACAUCAAACCGAUAUAGUAUAAGUUUAUUACAUAAUACUUCGAAAACAUAUCUGUCGUUAUUGAAAGAGGCUGCAAAGCUUUUGCAGUACCAAAAAGACGCAGUUAUAUAAAACAUAUUAUAUUUCAUAUUAAGCUAUGUCUUAUUAUAUGUACCUGACUAAUGAUAAAGACUAUAUAUGAAACUGAAAAAUCUUAUGCAUACUUUAUGUGCUAUAUUUUUGAAACUGACUAUAUUUCCUAUAACUAUAAUUAUAUUUAAUUGUAUAUUGUAUGAAACUGAUUAUAUUGUAUAAUUUAAACUUUAGAGCCGACAAAUCAAAUGAACCUUAAUGGAAUUACAUUUUUCCACGAGAAACAACAGACGGACACGAACGGUGAAGGAAAGAUCCACAAAAGUGAGCGAAACUCCAAACCACUACAUGCAUUUUCGCAUUUUAUGCCGGACCAAAGCAAAUUGUCACUAGCAGCUGGAUUGUCUCGUGUAGCGAGUGAAUCGAAGAUAAAUUUUGGUGCGAGUGGCAGCAACAAGAAUAAUUUAUUAAAUUAUGCACCUAAAGACGAUGUUAAAGCUCCUUUUACAAGUGAGGUAGUUGGAUUCGAAUCAAAAAACAGUCAGCUUCCAGAAAACGGAAGUAAUUGGAAAACGAAAAGUUUUACCGGAAAUGACGUCAUAGCUAGUGAUAAUAGUCAAUUAAUCAACUUUUCUCAGUUAGGAAUAAUGAAAGAAAAUGUUAAUGAUGUGAUGAACUCUGUGAACGACGUGAAAGAAAUAAGUUACUUUAAUACUGGUUCUAACGGCUUUGCAGCUAACAGUAAUUUUGAUAUCUCUGCGAAAAAUGGGAAUGAUAUAUCCGCAGAUAACACUGGAGGAGGCGAUAACAUGUUUAAUAAAGCAGGAGUUGUAGAAAACAAUUUUGUUCCGCAAUUCAACAACAAUGGUUACAUCUUCGACAAUGCUUUUGCUUCUACAAAUACGGCUAAAGUGGACAUAUCAGCUCAAGCAGAAAACAGCAUGGUAUCACGGGUACUGCCAAACGAAAACAUAGAACCUUUGGUUAAUGAUUUUCCUAAUAAAAUAUCCAUUACGUCCUCGGACUCUUUUGCAAGUGGUAUUUCCAAUAGCGAAAAUGCUUUUAAUAAUAUUGAAUCGACUAUAUCUGUCAACGCGGCCGCAUCUACAGAAGAAAGAAAGAAUAUCGUAAAGCCUUUUCCAUUUGAACAAUUACAUGGAAAACCAACAAAACUAAGCAAACGAGUACCAACAUUAAAGACUCAAAAUGACUUUGUUGAUAAUUCAAGAAAACCGAUAUUAACAGUAAAAUCAGCUUUUGUUGAUCUGAGUGGACGACAAAAUCCAAACAUGAAGACUUUCGGAAAUUUUAUUGAUAAGUCUAAUGAAAUGACACCGAAAACAACAAUACAGAGUACAACAAAACCAACAACCCCACUGGCAUCAACGACAAAGACAACCUUGAUUUCGUCGGUAAAAACUAGCCCAACAAUUGCAAGUCCGGAGUCAACGAGACCAAGUCCAGUGUUAACUGGUCUUGGUUUACCAGGAGUAUUAAGUGUAAAUCCCAACCAAAUAAGCAAAGACAAUGUCAGAAGUAAUAGUAAAAAUGAAAAUAAGAUCAAUACAGGAUCAAAUAAAAUUACAUCACAAGAUACCAUCGACACGCAGACAGGGAAUUCUGAAACGGUGUUGGCUACGACAGAACCUCCGCAGGAUAAAUUGAAUGUUGAUAUGUUGUAUCCACCAGCACCGUUCCCUGCAAUCGAUCAGUCUAACACAAUCUCAAGCGUUGAUCAGACUGGGAUGAACAAGCUAAACAUAAACACUGCAGACGUUGCAAGUAAUGUAGAUAAAGAGCAAACAAAUUUAAACAACGGAAAAACUGUUAAUACCAUACCAUUGGAUACUGUUCCAGAAGACAACAAUAGAGUGCCUGUUGGUGACUUAGAUUAUGACUAUGAUAUGUAUGCAGAUAUACCAGUCAACGUGAAUAAUGGUCCAUCGAGUAAAGAUCAGUCAAAUAAAAACAUACCACUGGUGCAAAAGAAUAAUGGCGACAUUGACCGUUUUAUCACUGAUCCGAAUGUGCAAAUAAUUAACCCGAGUAAUCAAAUGAUUCCUAACAAUGUUCAAAUAAAUCCAAAUGGUCAAAAUGAAAUUAGAAGUCGAACCGGGAUAAAGGAUUCUGGUCUGAUUAGUAACUCUAAAAGCAAUGUUCAAAAUUUUGUAAAUGAUGGACGCACUGGGUUUAUAAAUAGAAAUACUUUUCAAACUAAUGGUCAAGCAGUCCAGAACAAUAUUAAAAGUAGACAAAUGAAUACCCAAGACAUUCUAAGCAAUGAUCAAAGAGUUGUAAACAACCAGAUAAAUUCAAACGAGAUAGGAGAUGGCCAGGUUAUGCAAGGUUCACCUAAUGCCCCUGGUACACGUGGAACUAAUGGUCAAUUCGGUUCAGAUAAUGUUGGAAAUAAUCAAAACAUAUUGAAUCGAAAUGCAAUAAAUCCCAAUUUGCUUAACCGGCUUAAACAAAACUUUAACAGUUUCUCUAAUGGAGGGAUCACUUCUAACCAGAAUGGUUUUACUAACCAAAAUGUUAAUCCAAAUGGUCAAAAUAUCCCGAUCAGAAACACAGCUUUGUUGAAUGAAAGAAAUGAAAUUUUGCAACAAAACCAACAAAAUAAUGGAGAUCAAACUGGUGCAUCCUUUCGAGGGCAAACAAAUUUUAACAAUAUACCUUCUGGAAUACAGAGUCCCGAUCUAGUUAACAAUCCUAGCACUGCUGGAAAUGCACAAAACAAUUUGUUUAAUAUAAACACAAAUCAGCGGGUACCAACUAAGAUACUCUCUGGUCCUCAGAACAUAGGACAAAACAAUCCGAAUAUGGUAAGACAAAACCAAAACAAUCCGAAUAUGGUAAGACAAAACCAGAACAAUCCGAAUAUGGUAAGACAAAACCAAAACAAUCUGAAUAUGGUAAGACAAAACCAAAACAAUCCGAAUAUGGUAAGACAAAACCAAAACAAUCCGAAUAUGAUUGGACAAAACCAAAACAAUCCAAAUUUGCUUGUUAGAAACCCGUCCCAGUUUCAAAAUAUACAGGGAUUAAACCGUCCGGUUAAUACAGUGCAAACGGGGACUGCUGGUAUCUCCGUACCUAAUAUCAAUUCGGCUAAUCGGAUAGAUAAUAACCUAGCCAAUAUGAAUAGAAUUAAUGCCCCAAAUCAAAGAAACUUUAAUACUUUGAACUUAAACAGAGGUGUUCAGAGUGGAACAAUUGGUCAAAAUAAUAUCAAUACGCCGAAUAACAAUAUUCAAAAUGGCCAAUUAGUAUCAAACAAUAUUAACGGUCAAAUUCCUAGAGGGAAUAAUUUCCAAAGCAAUCUUGAUAGUUUCCCUAGAAAUAUAAAUGGUUUAGCAAAUAAUAUAAGAACAGGUCAAAAUGUACAAAUACCAUUUCAAAAUCAAAACAAUAUUUUAAAUACCCAAACUCUUGGUACUGAAAGGAAUAUCCCAAAUUUUAGUAACGGUAUUCAAGGUAUGGGACAGAAUAACAGAAACAUGCUACAAAAUCGCCAGUUUUUCAAUCCUGGCAACUUUCAAAACAAUGUUCCUAAUAUACCUACUUUCCAAGGUAACGUGCCACAAUUUCAAAACAACUUACCUAAUAAUAUUUUAAGAGGAAACAUCCGUAACGGUCUAAAUAAUUUUGGGCCAAAUAAUGCUAUUAAUUUUCCAGGUAUGAAUCGUUUCCCUAGCAAUGUCCCACUCAAUUCAAAUCCAUUUGGGCCAAAUGCAUUAAAUCGGCAAUUCGGAUCUUUCAGAUAGAAUCAUUUCUGUCAAGUUUGAAUUGAAAAAGAAGUGCUUAUUCUAUGCCUGACAAUUUAUUGCAGCUGAAACUCUGUAUCUCGAGUGUUUUACUUCCAGACAACCGAUAUUUCGACGUAAAAUGAUAUUUUGUGCUCGUGUUCUUCGGAACAGGGUGAGAAAUUUCAUCGAGAUAACCGAAAUUUCGAGAUAAGCGGGAUCGAGAUAUCGAGUAUCAACUGCAUUCGAAUUUAAUCUAAUUAUGUAUUGUACUAUUUAAUUGAACUGUCAGAACAUGUUCCCGGCUUUCAUGUUAAUCUUAUAUAGGCUCGAACAGAAUAUAAUGAAAGCCGGGUCCAUAUUUUGACAGGUCAAAUAAAUUGUACAAUACUACAGUGUAAAGAUGUAUGUAAAUAUUUCAUUGUAAGAUCCUAUUUAAAAAGAGAUUGAUUUGUGGCAAGUGGGACAUAGAUAUGUAAAAGUGUGGUUAUGUCUCAGAGCAAAAUCGUAUGAAUAUUUAUUAGAAUUGUGAGUGAUUAUAUAUGUUAAUGACCAUUCUUUUUAAACAUCGUGUUACAGAUUGAAAUCCAGAGUACAUUGUAAAUAAUUUGGUAA